UGUGUGCUAUGUGUAUAAAAUAAAUAGAAGCAGAGAAGUGGCAAUACUUUAUUGAUAAAAUAAAAACAUAAAUAAAACGUAAUGAGAACAAUAAGUUUAAAAAUUAAUUUAAAUUAAAUAAAACAGUAAAUCACAAUGACUGAUAGUGGACCCUCAGUAAAAAGAUAUCGACGAGAAGAAAAUAGUAACUCUGAUUCUGAUGAUAAUUAUGUCCCCUAUGUACCAGUUAAGGAAAGAAAAAAACUACAGUUGUUAAAAUUGGGUCGACUUGGACAGUUAAAAGAAACAGAGCAGAAUAAGCCAAAAUCCUCAAGUGAAAACGAAACAAACGAAGAUGAAGAAGAAGAUGAAAUUUGGGGAAGAAAGAAUAACAUUCCAUUACUUGAUCAACAUACUGAAUUACGGAAAUUAGCUGAAGCCAAGAAGGUAAGUGCUGUGGAGAAGCAAUUAAAAAAGGAAGAAGAAAUUUUGGAAAUAGUUGCUGAAAAGAAAGCUCUUAUGGGUGUAUCUGAAUUGGCAAAAGGUAUACAAUAUAGAGACCCUAUAAAAACAAGUUGGCAUCCUCCCAGAUACAUUUUACAGAAACCUCCCCAAGCACAUGAAAAGUUAAGAACAAGUCUUCGCAUUUUAGUUGAAGGGGAUGAGAUACCACCUCCCUUGAAAACAUUCAAAGAAAUGAAGCUACAUGAAGGUAUUAUUGCUGGAUUGAAAGAGAAGCAUAUAAAAAAACCUACACCCAUUCAGAUACAAGGAAUACCCACAGUAUUAUCUGGCAGAGACAUGAUUGGUAUUGCAUUUACAGGAUCAGGAAAAACCUUGGUUUUCGUCUUACCUUUAAUAAUGUUCUGUUUAGAGCAAGAAGUAAAGCUCCCUUUUAUAAAAAACGAAGGUCCCUAUGGAUUAAUCAUUUGCCCAUCCAGAGAAUUGGCAAAACAGACCUAUGACAUUAUUCAGCAUUAUUCCAACAGUUUAAAUAAACAUGGGAUGCCAUUAAUACGAAGCUGUUUGGCUAUUGGGGGCGUUCCUGUAACAGAAGCUUUAGAAGUCAUUCAAAAAGGUGUCCACAUAAUGGUGGCUACACCAGGUCGUCUAAUGGACAUGCUAGAAAAGAAAAUCGUCAAAUUAACUGUGUGUAGAUAUCUUUGUAUGGACGAAGCAGACAGAAUGAUAGACUUGGGGUUUGAGGAGGACGUUCGAACAAUUUUUUCCUAUUUUAAUGGUCAAAGGCAAACACUGCUCUUUUCUGCAACUAUGCCGAAGAAAAUCCAGAACUUUGCAAGAUCGGCCUUGGUAAAGCCCAUUACUAUAAAUGUAGGACGAGCUGGAGCUGCUUCUAUGAAUGUGGUGCAAGAAGUCGAGUAUGUUAAACAAGAAGCAAAAAUAGUAUAUCUCUUGGAAUGUUUACAAAAAACACCGCCUCCUGUGUUGAUUUUCGCAGAGAAGAAACAAGAUGUCGACGCCAUACACGAGUAUCUUCUUCUAAAAGGAGUAGAGGCUGUAGCAAUUCACGGUGGAAAAGAUCAGGAGGAACGAUCCAGAUCUGUGGAGGCCUUUAGAAAACAAGAAAAAGAUGUACUCGUAGCGACAGAUGUAGCUUCCAAAGGUUUAGAUUUUCCUGAUAUUCAACAUGUAAUUAACUAUGACAUGCCUGAUGACGUAGAAAAUUAUGUUCACAGAAUAGGUCGUACUGGUAGAUCAGGUAACAAGGGAUUGGCGACCACGUUCAUCAACAAAUCCAACGAUGAAUCAGUUCUGCUGGAUCUCAAACAUUUAUUGAUGGAAGCGAAACAAAAAGUUCCUACAUUCCUCGCUGAGCUGUGUUCAGAAAGUGAAAAAUAUUUGGCUUUGGGAGGAGAACACGGUUGCAGUUAUUGUGGUGGUCUUGGACACAGAAUUACAGAUUGUCCCAAACUCGAAGCUCUUCAAAAUAAACAGGCUUCAAACAUUGGACGAAGAGAUUAUUUGGCCAACACAGCUGCGGAUUAUUAAAGAAAAUUUAGAAGUGUUGUAAUA